GGGCUGGGGGGCAGGCGGUGUGGUGGGGUGCCUCUAGAACCCUUCGUACACCAGGUGGGAGGGCACACCAGUAUGAUGCGCUACGAUGACCACACGGUGUGCAAACCACUCAUCACCCGGGAGCAACGCUUCUACGAGUCCCUGCCGCCUGAGAUGAAGGAGUUUACACCAGAGUACAAAGGCAUGGUGUUGGUGUGUUUCGAGGGGGACAUAGAUGGCUACAUCAACCUGGUGGCGUACCCGUACGUGGAGGGCCUGUGCCACGACGACCUACCGGAGAGGGAUCAACCCCGAAGGAAACACUCCCGACGGAGCCUCCACCGCUCCACCUCAGAGAUGAAGGAGGAGAGACUACCGCAGGAGAGUGACAGCACUGAGAAUCUCCAGGAGCUGAAGAGUCCUCGUCUAGAGCUCCAGAUCUACAGUGAUGUUCCCUUCCAGAUGCUGGAUAAUAACAGCGGCCUGGUCUCAGAGAAGAUCAGCCACAACCCCUGGAGCCUCCGUUGCCACAGGCAGCAGCUCAGCCGCAUGAGAUCAGAGUCCAAGGACAGGAAGCUCUACAAGUUCCUGCUUCUGGAGAAUGUGGUCCACCACUUCAGCUACCCGUGCAUCCUGGACCUGAAGAUGGGCACACGGCAGCACGGGGACGAUGCCUCGGAGGAGAAGGCUGCCAGGCAGAUGAAGAAGUGUGAACAGAGCACCUCCGCCACCCUGGGGGUGCGUGUCUGUGGGAUGCAGGUGUACCAGAUGGACACGGGCCACUAUCUGUGCAGGAACAAGUACUACGGCCGCAGCCUGUCCAUCGAGGGCUUCCGUCACGCUCUCCACCAGUUCAUGCACAACGGGGCGUCGCUCAGGAAGGACCUGUUUGAGCCCAUGCUGUGUAAGCUACGCAGCCUGAAGGCCGUUCUGGAGAGACAGACCACCUACCGUUUCUACUCCUCCUCCCUGCUCAUCAUCUAUGAGGGGAAGGAGCCUGAGCUGGCCCACGCCUGGCAGAAAGCAUCACCGCCUGCACCACAGCCAGCCGCUGAGAUGCCCUCAGAGAAGGAGGAGGCAGUGGCCGUCAACCCAGGAGUAGGAAUGGGUGUCCAGGGACCGGGGUUAAUAGUGGGGCUCCAAGGAGUCCAGGGACCCACCGAAGUACCGAAGCUCCAGCUCCUCCCACCACACUGUCCCCCCACCCCUCCACAGCCACAGCAGCCUCCCCAGGCCCUUGGUCCCCCGCCCUCAGACCCUCACGGCCCCCCUCCUCCUCCACCCCGAACCUCCGGCCCUAGCGUCAGUGUGGACGUCCGCAUGAUAGACUUCGCCCACAGCACCUUCAAAGGUUUCCGCGACGACCAGACGGUGCACGACGGGCCGGAUCGGGGCUACGUGUUUGGACUGGAGAGCCUCAUCAAGAUCCUGGAGGGCCUCAGGGAGGAGAACCUGUAGCAGCCGAACCUGGGACUGACACGUUGGUCUGCGGCUCAAAUAGUAUCCCCAAUUCCCUAUAUAUAGUGCACUACUUUUGACCAAGGCCCUCAGGGCUCAUUGACCAGGGCUCAGGUCAAAAUAAGUGCACUACUGUAGGGAAUAAGGUGCCGUUUGGGAUGCACCGAUGACCAUCCUUCAGGAGAAGAGAACCUUUAGCUGUAACAUGUAACUGACACAUCUUUCAUCCUCCGUCUUCACCCUCCUCAUCCUCCUCACCCUCCUCAUCCUCCUCACCCUCCCGAAGUGCUACCACUCUAUCCUUGAUGAUUAUAUUUGGAGAAAACAGGAAACAAAAGUGAGAGAGGUUUUGGAGAAAGAAAGAAAAGCACAUUGAUAUUAUGUAAUAAGAAGAACCUGCGAGAUGGAAUCUCUAAGCUACUGUCUGAGUGUAAAGGUUAAAGGUCGUGAACUUAAGACUGUAAAGGUCACUCUCCUCUCUUGACUGUUGUGCUUCUCUUGGAGUAGACACAUGAGAAACGUACAUCUACAGUCCUGUUAUAUCCUCUCCUUCUGGACAGAGAUGGCUGCCAUUCCUCUGAAGGAAAAACAUAGAGGGGCAAUGUCUGUUUGCCUUGUGGGUUUGUCGCCACUGUGUGGCCAGCUGAAGUAUUGCAUUGAAGAAAGACAGGAUGAGGUCAGGGUUCGGUUUGAAAGUAAAGCAGCUCAGGGCAAGUCCAGGGCCCUGGCUUUAUCCCAAAUGGCACCCUAUUCCCUAUAUAGUGCACUACUUUUGACCAGGGCCCACAGGGAAACACAAAAGGCUUUGGUCAAAAGUAGUGCACUAAAUAGGGAAUAGAAUGCCAUUUUGGAUGCAUGGCCUGUCUCCGCUGUGGGACUGGAACAGGGAAGAGGUAUCUGUCUAUCUGUGUGUGUUGAGGAUUGGUGGGGACAGAUUGGGGGGGUUGGGUUAGGAUGGGGGGGGUCUUAGGGAAAGGGACUUAGCUAAGUCCCUUACAGCAGUAUUCCUAUCAGGGGUUAAAUAGAAGAGCAGCUUUCUUACAGGCUGUUGUUGGUGAUGAGAGCUUUACUGUAAACGAAAGAAGGGAUCUGAAGGGUUAAUACUUGGCUCUACCUCUGGAUAAAAUAAAUACAACCCAGGGUAUGGCUGAAGUGGCACCCUAUUCCCUAUGUAGUGUGCUACUUUUGACCAGAGCCCUAUUGGACCUAUAUAGGGGAUAGGGUGCUAUUUGGGACGCCUUCAGGCUGAAAUACCACACAGCUCUGUCUGUCUGUCUGUCUGUCUGUCUGUCUGUCUGUCUGUCUGUCUGUCUGUCUGUCUGUCUGUCUGUCUGUCUAAUUUAUAAACCGUUUUAUUGUGUUGCUUUUUUAUAUUUAUUAUCUCUCUUAUUCAGUUCCAGUUUGAGUAACCGACCGUUUCAUAGUAUUAUUAUUUUAAUAUUUCCUUAUUUUCUUCUGGGUCUUGGUCCCUCCCUCCCUCUGGCAGAGUGUCUGGUAUUUAGGUCCAUCCCAGCCCAGGUACGUUAUCCUUUAGUCCAGGUAUGUCAUCCUUUAGUCCAGGUAUGUCAUCCUUUAGUCCAGAUAUGUCAUCCUUUAGUCCAGGUACAGUGAGGGAAAAAAGUAUUUGAUCCCCUGCUGAUUUUGCCCACUGACAAAGAAAUUAU